AUGGCGAAGGGAGGGAAAAGGGUAGUUGCUCGUAAAAAGGGAGGGAGAUUAUAUUUAAUAGUGAUUGCGCUGCUGAUAGUGGUCGGGGUUAUGGCGACAAUGGAUAUAAGAAGUAGCCAUACGGAAACCGGUCACGGGUUGAGAAAAGAAAAUUUCCACAGUAAUUAUGCACCAAGGGUUAGUUAUGUUGUGGUGCAAACGAGACGCUCCCCAGGGUGGUGUAGAAUGCUCUUAAGCUCUAUACUCACCAACGUAAGCGUCACAACAGUUGGAAUGGGCGCAGUGUACAUUCAUGCGUGGAGAUGGACCUGGAUAUAUAAUUAUAUGCUACGGGAGAGGAUGCAUGAAGACGAUGUGAUUGUGAUAUUCGAUGGGGGAGACACUUUUUUCACAGAAACACAUUUAAGAGAAGAUGCCAUGAAGUAUUUUCUGGCAACAACGCCUAGCACGCCUGAAAAGUUCAAUGAAACAGAAAUCUUACAGGGAGCUAUGACACCUCCAAUGCUCUUCACGGCAGAAAAAGGCUGCUACGCGCCGCAAAUGUAUAUCAUGACGGGUGUCGAUCCCAGUAAAAUACCUCAACGGGAAAGAUGUUUAAAUGUGUAUGAAGAGGCAUUUGAGGCGUCUACUCUGGCAGGGACGCAGGCUAUUUUGCGGAAGCACGAAUCUGGAAGGUGGCAUCUCAAUGGCGGAGGAGUAAUUGCAAGAGUGUGGGCUCUGAGAGAGGCCCUAGAUGUUUUCUUCGCGCUCAAAAGGCAGAGUUACAAAUGGUGGUGUGAUCAAAGUAUGUGGUCAUUGAUUUUAGCGUGGAGUGUCAGCAGACCAAAGCACGUGAAACCGGUGUUGCUUCUGAGAAGGGGAAUUAUGAGCCUUGACUACGAAACUCGGUAUUUUCAUUAUCCUCAUACAACGCCGAUUAGGACAGGAGUGAUCCUACAUUUUCCAAUGCCGAUCGUUUUGUGGAAAAACAAAAUGGCAAAAUACGUUGGUGAGACGACAUGGUUUAGGGCUUUGCGAGAUUCCGAAGGAAGACAGAAGACAGUGGCAGAUUACUUAAAGACCGUUUAUGUGGAUAUUCGCUUCGUCUUUGGGUUCAAAAAGUGGAGGAAGUUUAGCAGCGUGUGCAGCAUAAGCGAUGUUGUGAACCCAAACUGGCUAAGUGGUGUGUUGAGAAAGUAA